AGCAGACUCUGCUGUAUGAUGUGGAAUGUAUUUUAGUCAGGCUGAUGUUUCAUUUGGUGUGUGGGAAAACUGAGAGAAAAAGUAUGCUGUUCGCAACCCUAUAUACAAAAGGGGACAUUUAGUACCAGAUUUUGACCAGAUCAUAUAAGCUCAUCUGCCUAAAUUAAGGCAAACCCCUAAGGCUAUAAUUUAAGAAUGGAUUCUAAUGAAAGCACUUUACAAGCUAUAACAAGUCUACAAACAGCGGGAGAAGCAUCUCAAACAGAUGAAGACUCACAGACCCCAAUCUCCCUAGAGGAAACAGAUGGAUACGCAGAUAGCACUGUUACUGAUCAGCAAAUAGAUAGAGACACACAGGUCACUGUCACUGAUCAGCAAAUGGAUAGAGACACACAGGAAGCUGGUACUGAUCAGCAAAUAGAUAGAGACACACAGGUCACUGUCACUGAUCAGAAAAUUGAUAGAGACACACAGGGAGCUGUUACUGAUCAGCAAAUAGAUAGAGACACACAGGUCACUGUCACUGAUCAGCAAAUAGAUAGAGACACACAGGAAGCUGGUACUGAUCAGCAAAUGGAUAGAGACACACAGGGAGCUGUUACUAAUCAGCAAAUAGAUAGAGACACACAGGGAGCUGUUACUGAUCAGCAAAUAGAUAGAGACACACAGGGAGCUGGUACUGUUCAGCAAAUAUAUAGAGACACACAGGGAGCUGGUACUGUUCAGCAAAUAUAUAGAGACACACAGGUCACUGUUACUGAUCAGCAAAUAGAUGCAGACACACAGGGAGCUGGUACUGAUCAGCAAAUAGAUGCAGACACACAGGGAGCUGGUACUGAUCAGCAAAUAGAUGCAGACACACAGGGAGCUGGUACUGAUCAGCAAAUAGAUGCAGACACACAGGGAGCUGGUACUGAUCAGCAAAUAGAUGCAGACACACAGGGAGCUGGUACUGAUCAGCAAAUAGAUGCAGACACACAGGGAGCUGGUACUGAUCAGCAAAUAGAUAGAGACACACAGGGAGCUGGUACUGAUCAGCAAAUAGAUAGAGACACACAGGGAGCUGGUACUGAUCAGCAAAUAGAUGCAGACACACAGGGAGCUGGUACUGAUCAGCAAAUAGAUGCAGACACACAGGGAGCUGGUACUGAUCAGCAAAUAGAUGCAGACACACAGGGAGCUGGUACUGAUCAGCAAAUAGACAGAGAGGCCUACACAAUUCUUACCCAGAUGAGAAGUGAAUUAAUACAGAUUUUUCAGGAGGAUGUGGACAGUUUGUUUGAUGAACUGGAUGCUUUGUUCAGUCUCAGUUUAGAGGAUUUUAUGCUCCUGAAUCAAGUUGUUGUUAGCCCAGAAGAGAGGACUGAAAUGCUGUUAAACCUGAUACUUCAGAAGGGGGAACCUGCCUGCCAGACAUUCCUUCAGCAUCUAGAGAACAUGAUCCUUCAGUUUCCAUUAUUGUCUUCCCUGUCACACAAAAACAAAAUGAUGUUGAAUGAACUGAUGACACAGUUCAAGAUGAAAGACUAUAAAACAUCCAAGCUGACCCUGAAGGAUAUAUUGGACAUUGGUCAGGAGAACGUAAAGGACGGUGACCCUCAGACUGUGGAGGAGAUCCCCUGGUAUUGCUUAAGGAAACUCAUGGCUCUGAACAGCAAUGCAAGAAAUACACAAGUUAAACAGGAUUUUACAACAAGAUUUGAUAAUACAAAGCAGAAUAUGUGUGAUGAUUUCAAUUCUGUUUUUUUUGAAGAGGACACUUCAGGUUCCUUCCACCCCCUGGAUGUUCUGUGCGUUCUUCUGCAUUGCUCGGAUGCAUUUUUACAACAGGAGAUUAUAAAUAAAAUGUCCAUGUGUCAGUUUGCUGUCCCUCUGCUGCUCCCUGCUGGUGAUGGCAAACACUGCACACUCAUGCUGUGGGCAAUGAGAGAGAUAGUAAAGAGAUGGAGACCACACUCAUUAGCUGAGUCUAAAGGCUUUAGGGAAGACAGCUUGGUGCACAUACCUAUGCCAACCUUCUCUUUCGUAAAACUGGGGGAAAGCAAAUUAUCCAAGUCUAAAACACUUAAUUCAAUUCUGAGUCAAGCUGGGCAAUACCACGAUUUCUUCAUACAUAAUAACAUGGAAUGUGGAAACAUCCGACAGAAAGUCUCAGAUGGGACGGUAGAAAUAACCUGGUAUUUUCCUGCUGGCAGAGGGAAUUCAGAUAAUUUCCCAGAACCCAUUGCAGUUACCAAUCUAAGAGGCGACCUCAGGUCUAACUGGACACAGUUCUCCUUAUUAACUCAGGUGUCUUCAGCUGUGUUUAUAUUUGUUGAGGACCUCAGUAAAGAAGAAUUUCAGCUGUUAUCACAGUGCAGCAAUUCUGACACACAGUUUUAUUUUAUUAUCAGUCCCAGUAAUGGUAAAUGUGUGAAUAAGGAGACAUUGGAAGUACUGAAAGAAUUAUUUCCUUUGCUGAAAAUUGAUGCAAGAAAUGUAAUGAGAAAGGACAAAAUAGGUAAUAAAGCACAACUGACAAACGCUAUACAUUUAAUUAUCACAAGUGUAUUGAAAACCUCCUCUAAAAGAGUAAAACUAGAGGACAUGUCAGACACAGCCCACAAUCUUGGUAUCCUGGUUGACCAGAGCAACAAUGAAUGUCACAAUGCAGAGGUGUGUGCCAGAGAAAUAGCUGAGGAGAUCACAGAUGUGACACAAUAUAAGAUGCAAACAAUGAAACUUCAAGGAGAUCUGUGGAAACAAUUGUCUCAGACAGAGAAAGAGAUGUGUAGAAUGAGAAAACAAGGGGAUAAAAAUGUAGAGGAUUAUAGAUCUGAGUUAAUACAGAGACAUUUAGAGCUACAUAAGAAACAACAUGAACAUGACCUAUCAGACAGUAUGGUGAAGUUUGUAUCUGCAAUUACCAACCUGUCUCAGGUAGAGAAAUAUUAUUUCCUGAAAUUGGUGAAAUUUAAACUUGACACAAUUGCUAGAAAAAAAAUGACUCUCUUAAAGGCAGAAUACAAAGACAAAUGUAAUGAUAUAUUAAAUAAUCAGUUAGAAUUAACGAAACUAGAUGAGGAAAUUACUAAUAGCUCCUUAGGGGUGGAACAUUUCCUGCGUGAGCUGGGGCAGUUUUAUGAGGCUGAAUUUUCAAUGGUGCAAGAAAAGCAAAUAAGUGCAGAACAGAGACAAUUUACUAAACUCCCAGGAAUAGCAGCUGAUCUUCUGAUGGAUGGGUUCCCAUUAGAGCUGAUUGAUGGAGAUGCCUCCAACAUCCCCUUGCAGUGGGUAACUGAUGUACUGACCGAGCUGGACAACAAGACAGGAGGAGGGUGCCGGCUGAGGGUAAUAACUGUGCUGGGGGUGCAGAGCACAGGGAAAUCUACCCUUCUGAACACCAUGUUUGGGUUGCAGUUCCCUGUGUCUACUGGACGUUGCACACGAGGAGCCUUCAUGACACUUAUUAAAGUGAAGGAGAACUGCAAAGAGGAGCUGGGAUGUGACUUUAUUCUGGUGAUUGACACUGAAGGUUUGAAAGCUCCAGAACUGGCUUCUCUGGAGGAUAGUUAUGAACAUGACAAUGAGUUGGCAACGCUUGUUAUUGGGUUGAGUGACAUCACUAUAAUUAACAUGGCCAUGGAGAAUACAGCAGAAAUGAAAGACAUUUUGCAGAUUGUGGUCCAUGCGUUUCUUAGGAUGAAAGAAAUAGGGAAGAAACCCAACUGUCAGUUUGUACAUCAAAACGUCAGUGACGUAUCUGCUCAUGAAAACAACAUGAGGGACAGAAAGAAACUUCUGGAACAGUUAAACAAAAUGACAAAAGUAGCAGCAAACAUGGAGAAGAAUAGUAGUAUCUCAAAAUUUAGUGAUGUUAUGGAUUAUGACUUUGAGAAAAACAACUGGUAUAUUCCAGGACUCUGGCAGGGUGUCCCACCAAUGGCGCCGGUAAACUCUGGUUAUGGUGAAAAUGUUUAUGAACUUAAAAAAUAUUUAUUCAAAUUAAUUAAAAAACAUCAGUGUGCCACUCAGAACAUACAAUCAUUUAUUGAAUGGACAAAAAGCUUAUGGAAAGCGGUUAAAUAUGAGAAAUUUAUCUUCAACUUCAGAAAUAGCCUGGUCGCUGAUGCUUAUAACCAACUGUCUAUAAAAUACACACAAUGGGAAUGGGAAUUCAGCAAAAAAGUACAUCACUGGCUGAUAAGAACAGAGACUAUAAUCCGAAAUCAAUCAGCAGAUAAACUUAAAGUACAAUCAUGCAAAAGUUUUAAAGAAGAACUUUAUAUAGUGCUAGAUGAAGAAGGAAAAAAAAUGUCAGACUUGGUAGAAAAGUACUUUGAGAAUGGAUCUGAGAAUGUUCAUCUUAUAGAAAAAUAUCGGGAAGAUUUCUUCAGAAGUGUGACAGUUCUAAGGAAAGAGCUUGAAAGAAACACACUAGACAAACUAAGUGAAACUCUCCGUAUACAGAAAGCAAAGAAUGAGAUUCAGAGUAUACAGGAUAAAGCACAGCAAGUGAUUGAGAAGAAAGUCACUGACCUUCUGGUAGAAUACAGAGCAAAGAAGUGUGAGUUAAAUGAGUUAGAAAUAGAAAAAGAGUUUGAGAUCAUGUGGCAAAAGGCGCUAUCAGAUCUACAAAUCCCGGCUUUAGAGCAACGCAAUAUCACUGAUGUAAUUCUACAUCAACUGAGAAAUGACAUGAGCAACAAAGGAGCUGCUAUAAAUGAAAGAUUACUAAGUACACAUUUUUUACAUGAAUUUAAGAUGGAUAAUAAGUAUAUUGACACAAAAUGGUCCAAAUGGAAUCGCAACAGACUUUACAUUAGUCGUGAAUAUUCUGAUAAAAUACAAGAUCUUGCUGAUUCAUUAAUAGAUACCUGCAUUAAGUAUGUUGACGAAAAGGUGAACACAAAUGAAGAUUACAGUGACACCUACAGUCAAGAAUUGUUACACAUAAUAAACAAGAGGCUUGAAAAAGAUGUUAAAUCAUUGCACAUGUCUUCUUUGUUUGAACUGGACAUCAAGGUUUUCAUCUUUGGAAAAGCAGCUCCAAAAUUUGAAAAAAUGCACAAUGACUACAUCCAACACAAUGAUCCAAUGAUCUCUUUAGCAGAGUUAAAGCCUCUGUAUUUUUCAGUUUUUAAAGAUAUAUUUCAGGAAAAAGAUGAUUGCCAGGAAAGAGCCAGAAAGUUCUGUGAGAUGUGUUUGAAGCCGGCAAUAAAGGAAUACAUUUAUAGACAUCUUGGUGGGAAAAUGGUGGAUGAUUCUAUAUGUAAUCAAGGCCGUACGUUUAGCAGCCGGACCUUCUUCCAGUGUACUCUGCUUGAGCAGCUUCUAAAUGAAGAUGACUUUGAUCAGUAUGUAGUAUAUAUUAAUAGAUAUGAGAAGUAUACAAGGAACUGGAUAGUAAAAUACAUCAUACACAAAUAUAAAAACUACACAUCCAUAGAACCUUUACUAAAAGAUAUUAUGUCAUCUUUAAAAAAAGAAAUUGAAAUAGCUUUUACAAGUGCUGAAGCUCAAAAAACUUCCAAUGUGUUCGAAUUUUUAAAAUAUUUCUGUGAGAUGUUAAAGGAUAAACUGGUCAUUUCACAAAAUCAAAUAAAUGUGACUCUUUUCAACAUGAUAGCAGAUGUUCAACAGUUUUCUAAAGACAUUAAAGAUUUUCUCACUGAGACGGAACAACAAAUUAUUUCAGAAACUAAAUCUUUAGAUAUUGAGUCUCUUAUUUUUAAACUAAAACUUAAGCCUCAGGAUGAAUUGUUUAAGAGAGUAGUUGGAUGUGGUAAGCAGUGUCCAUUCUGCAAAGUUCCCUGUGAGGCUGGAGCUGGUGAUCAUACUGAGCAUUUUGCAUCUGUACAUAGACCUCAGGGAUUAGGAAGCUAUAUUUGGGAACAGUCAGAAAAACUGGUUAGUUCUAUAUGCUCUACUGAAAUUGUCUCAGAUGAUUUAUUUACAAACACAGACACACAUUGGAAAUAUCACCCUUACAAAGAAUAUAAACAGAUCUACCCAGACUGGGCCAUCCAACCUGACCCCAGCAUCAAGUCCUCUGACUACUGGAAAUUCAUCUUUGCACAGUUCAAUAAGCAAUUUGCUACAGAGUAUAAAGCAAAACCAGCUGAUCUGCCAGAGGACUGGAAACGUAUAAACAAAGAAGAUGCUCUGAAGAGCCUUAAGGAAACUUUCAAAGUACAAUGAACAUAACCCAGUUAAAUACUGCAGUUCUCUGCCUUCUACAACUAUAAUUUUCUCAGAUAUUGCUGAGAUAUUUCUUAUUGUCUUCCCUACAGAUAUUGCAGAUUUUACAUAAAAGCAUCAGGCAGGUCUGUUAAAGAAAAAAGUAAAAAUACAGGGCGCCACAUAGUGCAGCAACUAACAAACAUCAAAAAUAAUAAACUUAAAGGGACAUUGAACCCAAUUUUUUAUUUCAUGAUUUAGAUAGAGCAUGACAUUUUAAGCAACUUUCUAAUUUACUCCUAUUAUCAAUUUUUCUUUGUUCUCUUGCUAUCUUUAUUUGAAAAAGAAGGCAUCUAAGCUAUUUUGGUUCAGAACCUUGGACAGCACUUGUUUAUUGGUGGGUGAAUGUAUCCACCAAUCAGCAAGAACAACCCAGGUUGAUCACCAAAAAUAGGCCAGCAUCUAAACUUACAUUCUUGCUUUUUAA